UUGCUGGUAUGUUCAAUACACGACGCAAGUCGAAAGAUUAAGCCUACAUUGAUUGUAAAGCAAAGUAUAACUGUAAGAGUUAGCACAGUUGGGUUUUUCAUUUAGACCUGCAUUGAACUACAUGAUUUUGUCGACUAGAGAGCAAAUCUAUACUAUGUAGAAUGCAGACCAACGGCACAUCACUACCGCAUUCCCUCGACAAGCCCGGCGGGCCCAGCGCUGCGAAGGACGGCACCAUGGCACAAGACAACGGGAAGGUACCGCAGACCGCUCAUUAUGAAUUUGGAGGGCCAGUAGGUGCCCUGUUCAUCAUGAUCAGUCUACCGGUGUUCAUAUAUUAUCUCUACUUCGCCUGUGAUAAGAACUCAUGUGCAGUCACGCUGCUACCUCUGCUACCCGGCAGUUGGGAUGAAAUAUUUGACCUACAAGUCUUCAUGAUAUUCUUGGGAUGGGUUGCUUUCCAGGCCGUGCUGUAUAUGCUUCCAAUCGGAAAGAAAGUCAAGGGUCUCCCUUUGAGGACAGGGCGGCGGUUGCAGUACAGAAUGAACGGUUUAUUGGCGUUCGUGAUCAGCGUGGCGCUGUUUGCUGCCCUGGUCUACUACCAGUACCCGGUCACCAUACUCUAUGACAAGUUCCUGCCGUUCCUUACGUCCUCUGUCAUCUUCUCUGCCGCCCUCAGCGUCUUCGUCUACAUCAAGUCACUGGCCGCCCCUAACCACGCCCUUGCCGCGGGGGGAAAUUCAGGCAAUAUAAUCUACGAUUUCUUUAUUGGGCACGAGUUGAAUCCACGGCUGGGGAACUUUGACAUCAAGAUAUUCUGUGAACUUCGACCGGGACUCAUCGGAUGGGUUUUGAUCGAUCUGGCGUUCGUGGUCAAAUCCUGGACGGAUUUUCCGGACAACCCGCCGUGGUGUCUACUAGCCGUGACCUUCUCCCAGGUCCUGUAUGUAGCGGACUCACUGUGGUUCGAGGAAUGCAUCUUGAGCACCAUGGACAUCAUCCACGAUGGCUUCGGUUUCAUGCUAUCCUUCGGUGAUCUGGCCUGGGUUCCCUUCACCUACACGCUGCAGGCCCGCUACCUGGUAGAUCACCCAGAGAAGACCAUGCCCAGUUACUGUCUCAUGGCUGUCGUUGCUUUAGGAUUUCUUGGCUACUACAUUUUCCGGGCUUCCAAUUCUCAGAAGAACGCCUUCAGGCAGAAUCCCCACGGGGACGGCGUCAAACAUCUUCAGAGUAUCCCGACUGCUACCGGUAAGCGACUCUUAGUGUCCGGUUGGUGGGGGCUGGUCCGGCACCCUAACUACCUGGGUGAUCUCAUUCUGGCUCUGUCCUGGUCUUUGUACUGCGGGUUUGACAGCAUCAUCCCGUACUUCUACCCAAUCUACUUCACCGUCCUCCUCGUUCACCGCUGCCUCCGCGACGCGGCCAUGUGCAAGGAGAAAUACGGCGAGGCAUGGGACCGCUACUGCCAGAAAGUGCCGUACAGAAUUUUCCCUUACAUAUUUUAAGCUCACACUGAAACGAGGCUAGAAAAAAAACGAUUCUAGAGCACACACAAGUCUUUUCAAUUGAUUUCGAAUGGCCGAAAGGUCAUUGAAGCAAGUCUAGUUCACUAGUUCAAGUAAGUAACCAGUCUAAUUAAAGGGAAUGUACAACAUUUGCUUUUGCUGCAAUUUUUUUUUUAGAA